UGUUAGUUUGUCAGUCCACUUGUAACGAUCGAAGAGCGGUGAACAUCGAGGAGAGGUCGUGGAGGAAUUUACCAUCUUAGCCACCAUCGCCGUUCGCCAAUUACACCAUGGCUGAUACCGAAAAGGCGCCGCAGCCGCAGCCCCAACAGCAGCAGCAACCUGAACAACAACCACAAAAUCAGCAAGCUAAGGCGGCUAAACAAAAGCAGGUCAUUGCUGAAAAGGUUUCGGGCACUGUAAAAUGGUUUAACGUCAAGAGUGGAUAUGGUUUCAUCAAUAGGAAUGACACGAAAGAGGAUGUAUUUGUACACCAGACGGCGAUCGUCCGUAACAACCCACGUAAGGCUGUGCGCUCGGUCGGCGACGGCGAGGCGGUGGAGUUCGCCGUGGUGGCCGGCGAGAAAGGCUUUGAAGCAGCCGGAGUGACCGGCCCCGGCGGUGAGCCGGUCAAGGGCUCGCCCUACGCUGCCGACAAGCGUCGCGGCUUCCCACGCCAAUUCUACCCUCGGCCUGGAGGCGGACGUGGUGGCGAGGGCGCUCCCCGCAGAGGUGGCAUGGGACGUCGUGGACCCCCACCCAAUCAAGGGGGCGCGCAGGGGGAUGAAGGCCAAGAAGGUGGAGGUCCACCGCAGCGUAGCUACUUCCGUCGCAAUUAUCGCGGAGGACGCCGCGGUGGCGCUCCACGGCCCAUGUACCGUGGCGGGUACCGGUACGUGCGCCCGCGCAAUAAUCAGGGCCAAAAUCCAAACCAAGGUCAAGGCCCUCGGCAGAAUGGUCAGGAGGGAGAAGUUCAAGCUUCUGCUUCCACGGCGCAGGUACAGACCAAGGGCAAAGCUAACAAGGCCGCGGGUACCACCAUCGAGACCACCACUAAUGAAAGCCAGGCUUGACCCGCCGGCCUUCUCACAGUGUGGCACGCCCCUAGUAGUGCAUGUAAAUUCCAGCCGUGCCACACACCAUCACAACUUACUGUCUGUCUAUUCAACUAAAGAGUGUUUCGUUGCAUCAUUGCAAUCGGUGAUCAGAUCAUUGUACACCAGUUUUAUGUGUAGAGGUAACUUUGUUAAAGGGGGUGUCACAAGUGGAACUGCAUAAUAUCAUGGAUCAGAGAUGUGAUAUUUUUAUUAUUUUAUAAUAUGUUGUAUACCAUUUGGUGGCGGCUGGGCGGCGAACGAUAGUAUAAAAUUAUAUUUUACUAUUUAAUCAAUAUUAUGGCUCGCCGCACGCAUAUGCCUCUAUUAAAUUGCGUGUUUUAAUAUUAAAAGGUUUUUGAUGAUUAUUGGUAUACCUGUAAAAUAUAAAAUGUCCUCUAAAAUGAGAAGUUGUGCAAUUUUAAAUUAUAAUAUAUAUGUAUAUGUAUUGAGAAAUGAUAUGCAGGUUCCGAGGCCCCAAGAGGAUCUUAUAUUUUUAAAGUCAUGUGAAUUUAUUUUUAUCAACUUCUACAAGUUUUUAAUUAGUGCAUCAUUUUUCUAAAAUUUUAGUUGUACUUGUAACUUUAACACUCAGUGAAUUAAACUUCUUUUUACCUGUG